AUGAAACACUUACUCCGGAAGCUUCACAUCGGUGGUGGACACUUCGCCGAUCAUCACCCCCACCCACCUGUGAAUAUCAGUCCUCCACCGCCUCCUCAAGUGGCGCCGUCUGAUUUGGCAAGUUCACCGACGGACGUGUCGGCGACCUCUACUUCUUCGUCCGCAUUGACGAGAUCAAAUACGGCGGUUGAGUCGGCGGAGAAUUUGAAUUCCGAUUCCUUGGAUUUCAAUUUCUUUGAAGAGGAAUUUCAGGUUCAGCUUGCGUUGGCGAUCAGUGUUUCGGAUCCAGAUGCGACUGAAGAUCCCGACACGGCGCAGAUCCAGAAGGCCAAGCAGAUAAGCUUGGGUUUGGGAUUGGGUUGCUCGCGGCCUUCUGAAACCCUCGUUGAGUGUCUCUCUCUUCGGUAUUGGAAUUAUAAUGUUAUAAAUUAUGACGAGAGAGUGAUGGAUGGGUUUUAUGAUGUAUAUGGAAUCAAUUCAACUCUGCUGGGGCAAGGCAAAAUGCCUUUACUGGUGGAUCUCGAUGCAAUUUCUGUUUCAGAUAAUGUAGAUUAUGAAGUUAUUAUAGUGAACCGUGGGGCUGACUCGGAACUGCGACAGCUUGAGGAAAAGGUGUAUAUCAUGUCAAUGGAGUGUCAAGGUUUUUAUGAUGGCUCAAUUAUGAGUGGUUUGAUCCAGAAAAUUGCUGACCUUAUUGUUGGUAGAAUGGGUGGUCCGGUUAGUGAUGCUGAGGAAAUGUUGAGAAGAUGGACUGCCAGGAGUUAUGAAUUGCGGAAUUCUUUAAACACUAUAAUCCUUCCCCUUGGCUGUCUUGAUGUUGGACUUUCACGCCACAGGGCCUUGCUCUUUAAGGUUCUUGCUGAUAGGAUCAACCUUCCGUGUAUGCUGGUCAAAGGGAGCUACUAUACUGGCACUGAUGAGGGAGCUGUGAACUUUAUUAAGGUUGAUAAUGGAAGUGAGUUCAUUAUUGAUUUAAUGGGUGCUCCGGGCACACUAAUUCCUGCUGAAGUAUCCAGCAGUCAUCGGAAAAAUUCUGGGUUAGAUCUGCGGAGCUUUUCAUCCAUUGCCGACUUUGUAGAAAAUCCUUGUUCAGUGCUUGAAGAAGGAUAUGGAACAAGGGCAGUUUCACCUAAACUUGACAGAGUUGCCAAAGUUGGGAAUUCAAAUUUAACAGAAGCAUCUUCUCUUAGCAUUCAGUCAAAACGGGGUGACAAGAAUGUUGUGGAGAAAAAUCAAAUUGAGAGGUUUGAGCAUGAGUUUGGGAAGCUUCAUCCACCACUAGGCAGAUCGCAUGAAGGCUCAUCAGGUGCUCACGAGAAAGCAUCAGCUGCACAAAAGAUGCAAGUUAAAGAUGUUUCUGAAUGUGUCAUUAGCGCAGCCAAAAACCCAGAAUUUGCUCAAAAACUUCAUGCUGUUUUGUUAGAAAAUGGUGCAUCACUGCCUCCUGAUUUGUUGUCAAACAUAAAUCUUUGUAAUCUGGGAGAAGAAGAAUUGCUUGAAAAUAUUCGGCAAUCAAAUUUGAGAAUGGUGGCUGGUGAGGCUCAAUGUUCUUCGGAUAUGCUCUUGUCAAACAAUGAGCAAUCUAUUAUACCCUUCAGUGGAGGGCAUUGGUUUUCAGCAAAACAGCAGGAACUGAAGUCCACUAUCAUGAAUCGUGGACAGGCUGUACCUUCUGAUACUGCAAAUGAGGAAUUUGUGCUUAUCAGUAGCGGACAUAAAGAAAUGAGCCAGGCUGAUGAUGCAGCUUUGUGUAAUGGUUUUGCUGAUCCAUCUCGACUGGUUUCAAGAGCUUCAGAUGGGGAACAUACUUAUGAAUUUUCUAUGUUUCUGGCUGCGAAACCUUUUGAAGGACAACCUAAAAGUGCUCUUCAUUGUGAUGAGAAAAAUGAAAACAAGUUAGGAAUGGUUUUAGAUACUGGAAAAGACAAAGGGGCUGUAGCAAAAGUUGAUGUUUGCACAACACAGAAUGGCAGUAUUAACCCAGUGCUGGGUGAGGCUGCUGAAUGGGAAAUUUUAUGGGAAGAUCUUCAGAUUGGAGAACGAAUUGGAAUAGGUUCAUUUGGUGAGGUUUAUCGUGGAGAAUGGAAUGGCACUGAAGUCGCUGUGAAGAAGUUCAUGAACCAAGAUCUAUCGGGUGAUGCACUGUUGCAGUUUAAAUGCGAAAUUGAAAUCAUGUUAAGAUUGAGACAUCCUAAUGUUGUUCUUUUCAUGGGAGCGGUUACUCGUCCUCCAAACCUCUCCAUUUUGACCGAAUUCCUACCGAGGGGGAGUUUAUAUAAGCUGCUCCAUCGUCCAAAUGUUCAAAUUGAUGAAAAGAGGCGAAUGCGAAUGGCUCUUGAUGUG